AUAUUGCGGAUGUUCUGAAAUAAAUAAUCUUUUUUUUUAUCCUAUUUUCCUCCAGUUUUAAAUAGAUUUAGAUACUGUAAUCAUCCGAAUUUACAGUUAAAACUGAACUCAGACGAAUGUUUUAAAUGUUUCGAUUUUUGUUCACUUGGUUCGCCAUCACACCUAAAUCGUAUAAAUGAUUGUAGCUAUGAUAAUUGCAACCUGAAUAUUCAAGGAAAAGCGCGGAUGAGAGACAGUUCUGGAAAAUAUGAGGAUGGAGCCACAGAAAACGAGAGAUUUAGCCAAAAAUUGGAUGGCUGUGGAUAUAUGUUGAUUGUGGACAUAAAAUGAGGUGAUGAUGGACCAUUUUGUGUGUUGAAGUGGGCAACGAACCUGUGAACUACAGAAUACAAGGAACGCUUUUUUGUUCGAAUUUUUGUUUGUUUUUUGUUUUGUUUUGUUUUGUUUUUUUUCUUUUUCGUUUUCUUCAAAUCUAACCAUCAGGCUCCUGGCGCGUAACAUCUCAUAUUAAGGCAAUGAAGACAAAUGUGUACUCCAGUUAUACACGUAUUAAGUUUUGAAGCAGAUGGGAUGUAAUGUGGUGUGGUCGCGGUGAAUAUUCGCCCCCUUUUUUCCUGCUUCGUGAAGACUGGCAUUUGGUGUCUAUAGAAUGGCUCGUUUCGACAACGAGGUGCCGUCCAGGUAUGGCGGAGGCCCGGGACACGCUCAAGGGGGCCCCGGCCGCGGCGGCAGCAGACAGGGGGGCCCGCCGGGUCAGAGAGUGUACAAGCAGUCAAUGGCCCAGCGAGCCAGAACUAUGGCCCUGUACAACCCUAUACCGGUGCGGCAAAACUGCUUCACUGUCAACCGAUCUCUGUUCAUCUUCAGUGAGGACAACUUCGUGAGAAAAUAUGCCAAAAAGAUCACCGAAUGGCCUCCAUUUGAGUACAUGAUCCUGGCUACCAUCAUUGCUAACUGCAUCGUCCUAGCCCUGGAACAGCACCUUCCAGACGGGGACAAGACACCUAUGUCAGAGCGCUUGGAGGACACUGAACCCUACUUCAUCGGCAUUUUCUGUUUUGAGUCAGGCAUUAAGAUCUUGGCUUUGGGCUUUGCCUUCCAUAAGGGCUCGUACCUACGCAAUGGCUGGAAUGUCAUGGACUUUGUAGUGGUGCUUACUGGAAUCCUGUCCACAGUGGGCACAGACCUUGAUCUGAGGACGCUGCGUGCUGUUCGAGUGUUGAGACCCCUCAAACUGGUGUCUGGGAUUCCCAGCUUGCAGGUUGUGCUUAAAUCCAUCAUGAAGGCUAUGAUUCCUCUGCUGCAGAUCGGUCUGCUGCUCUUCUUUGCCAUCCUCAUGUUCGCCAUCAUCGGUCUUGAGUUCUACAUGGGCAAAUUUCACACCACUUGCUUUGACAACAUCACUGAUGAGAUACGAGAGGAGUUUCCAUGCGGAAAUGACACUAACGCUCGGACCUGUCCUAAUGGAACAGUAUGUAAAAAGUACUGGAUUGGACCCAACUAUGGUAUUACGCAGUUUGACAACAUCCUGUUUGCCGUGCUCACAGUCUUCCAGUGCAUCACCAUGGAGGGCUGGACUGACCUGUUAUACUAUAGCAAUGAUGCUUCAGGGAGUGCAUGGAACUGGAUGUACUUCAUCCCCCUCAUCAUCAUCGGCUCCUUCUUCAUGCUCAAUCUUGUGCUGGGUGUGCUGUCAGGUGAGUUUGCCAAAGAAAGGGAGCGCGUGGAGAACAGGAGAGAGUUUCUUAAGCUGAAGCGUCAGCAACAGAUAGAGAGAGAGCUGAACGGAUAUCUGGAGUGGAUCUGCAAAGCAGAGGAAGUGAUUUUGGCUGACGAGGACAAUGACCCAGAUGACCGGAUGCCCUUUGACGGCACGCGAAGGAGGCCUACCAUCAAGAAGAGUAAAGCAGACCUGCUGGAUGCAGAGGAUGGAGAUGGAGAUAUAGGUUCUCCGUUUGCACGGGGCAGUCUGAAGAGCUCCAAACUGGAGGGCUCUUCCUUCCAUAAAAAGGAGCGUCGGCUGCGAUUCUUCGUUAGGCACAUAGUGAAGACGCAGGCGUUCUACUGGUCUGUGCUGUGUCUGGUGGGACUCAACACUCUGUGUGUGGCUGCUGUGCACUACGACCAGCCUGAAAAGCUCUCCGACUUCCUCUACUUUGCUGAGUUCAUCUUCCUGGGGAUCUUUAUGUCAGAGAUGUGUAUAAAGAUGUAUGGGCUGGGGACCAGUCCUUAUUUUCACUCCUCCUUCAACUGUUUUGACUGCAUUGUCAUUUGUGGCAGCAUUUUCGAGGUGCUCUGGUCUAUGAUCCAGCCAGGAACCUCGUUUGGGAUCAGUGUGUUACGAGCCCUCAGGUUACUGAGGAUCUUCAAAGUGACCAAGUAUUGGGCGUCUCUGAGGAACCUGGUGGUGUCUUUGUUGAACUCCAUGAAAUCUAUUAUCAGUUUACUCUUCCUCCUUUUCCUCUUCAUCGUGGUCUUUGCUCUGCUGGGCAUGCAGCUUUUUGGAGGACAGUUUAAUUUUGAAGCCGGGACACCACCUACAAACUUUGAUACUUUUCCUGCAGCAAUAAUGACAGUAUUUCAGAUCCUGACGGGUGAAGACUGGAACAUGGUGAUGUAUGAUGGGAUCGAGUCUCAGGGCGGAGUCAAGAAGGGCAUGGUCUUCUCAGUCUUCUUCAUCGUUCUUACACUCUUCGGCAACUACACUUUGCUCAAUGUGUUCUUGGCUAUCGCUGUGGACAAUCUGGCCAAUGCACAAGAGCUGACCAAGGAUGAACAGGAGGAAGAGCAAGCAGCCAAUCAGAAAAUGGCUCUUCAGGCGGCCAAGGAAGUAGCAGAGGUCAGCCCACUGUCUGCAGCCAGCCUCUCCAUUGCUGCCGUGACAGUAAGCUCUGAGCGUCUUGAUGCAACAGAACACUUUCUGGACUGUAAAGAGCAACAGAAGAACCACAAAGGUUGUAAGUCGGUAUGGGAGCAGCGCACUAGUGAGCUGAGACGACAGACCCUGGUGAACAGCAGAGAGGUGCUUUACAAUGAGUUGGACCCUGAAGAUCGCUGGAAGGUCUCAUACUCUCGUCACAUUCGUCCCGAUAUGAAGACACAUCUGGACCGGCCGUUGGUCGUGGACCCUCAGGAGAACCGUAAUAACAAUACCAACAAAACUCGACCGGGUGACGGCCAGCCCCAGCGCACUCAUCAGCUCCUGCACAAACAGCUCAACUUCAAUGAGGGGGAGAGUGGAGGAGGAGGUGGAGGGUCUGAGCCCUGGACAGCACUGGAAAGGGGGGACUCCACAGGAUCCCGUCGGAGUCUUUUAGGCUCAGAGGACAAUGGGGAGGGUAGAGAGUCUCACCGCAGACAUCAGCAUGGUGAGCGCUGCAGCCAGGCUCGCCAACACCAUAAAGCUGCUAAGGAAGAGGGAGAGGGCAGAGGGAGGAGACACAGGAAUAAGGGCAGGGAAAGAGGUCCUGAGUGUGAGCAUGCAGAUGGAGGAGAGCGGAAACACAGACAUCAUCGCCAUGAGGGCGAAGGAAGAAAAGAGAGAGGGGUGCGACACCGUACCAGGAAGGAUGGUCAUGGAAGUGGCCCCACUCUCUCCACCACUCGUCCCAUUCAGAAGACUCUGUCUAGGCAAGACAGUCAGUACAGUGAGGACCUGGACAAUGCCAUGAACAGCAAGCUUGCCACCCAGCCACCUAGUAACUCCACUCCUCAUGAUAGUCUGCUCAAUCUAGCCAACAGUGCCCACACUGCCGGCCUGGCACAUACUGCCACAGAGAGCAGCCUCAUUCUUACCAAGCCCUCCUCUACCACUGCUAAUGUUACCAGCACUGGUCACCUGGGCAUGAAACCGGAUUACACUGCCGUGGACAUUCCCCCGAUGUUCCCUUCCAGUAAUGCCAUCCUACAGGUCAAUAAAAAUGCAAACACAGAGCCCCUGCCCAAGAAGGAGGACACAAAGGGUGACGAUGAUGAUGAUGAGAAAGAUGAUGGGGGGCCUAAACCCAUGCCACCCUACACCUCAAUGUUCAUUCUGUCUACCACCAACCCAUUUCGGAGGUUGUGCCACUAUAUUGUCACGCUCAGAUAUUUUGAGAUGUGUAUUCUGCUGGUCAUUGCAAUGAGCAGUAUUGCCCUGGCCGCUGAAGACCCUGUCUGGCCCGAUUCCCCCCGCAACAAUGUCCUGCGGUAUUUUGACUAUGUGUUCACUGGUGUGUUCACCUUUGAGAUGCUCAUUAAGAUGGUAGAUUUAGGUCUUGUCCUGCAUCAAGGCUCGUAUUUCCGUGACCUAUGGAACAUCCUGGACUUUAUAGUGGUUAGUGGUGCCCUGGUGGCGUUCGCCUUCACAGGAAGCAGCAAGGGGAAAGACAUCAGUACUAUCAAGUCUCUGCGUGUGCUCCGAGUACUGCGGCCUCUGAAAACCAUCAAGCGUCUGCCCAAGCUAAAGGCUGUCUUUGACUGUGUGGUGAACUCUCUGAAGAAUGUGUUGAACAUACUCAUUGUCUACAUGCUGUUCAUGUUCAUCUUUGCUGUGGUAGCUGUGCAGCUCUUCAAAGGCCGUUUCUUCUACUGUACCGAUGAAUCCAAGGAGUUUGAGCGUGACUGCAGGGGCGAAUAUCUUGUCUAUGAAAGAGAUAACGAAGUGCGGGCGCAGAAGCGGGAAUGGAAGAAAUACGAUUUCCACUACGACAAUGUGCUCUGGGCCCUUCUCACCCUCUUCACCGUUUCUACGGGAGAGGGGUGGCCACAGGUGCUGAAACAUUCAGUGGAUGCGACCUACGAGAAUCAGGGCCCGAGUCCAGGUUACCGGAUGGAAAUGUCCAUCUUUUACGUGGUGUACUUCGUGGUCUUCCCCUUCUUCUUCGUCAACAUCUUCGUGGCUCUUAUCAUCAUCACUUUCCAGGAGCAAGGAGACAAAAUGAUGGAAGAGUAUAGCCUGGAAAAGAAUGAGAGAGCCUGCAUAGACUUCGCCAUCAAUGCUAAACCGCUCACGCGACACAUGCCUCAGAACAAACAGACAUUCCAGUACCGCAUGUGGGAAUUUGUGGUGUCUCCUCCAUUUGAAUACACCAUCAUGACCUUGAUUGCCCUCAACACCAUUGUCCUAAUGAUGAAGUAUGAUGGAGCAUCAGAUGUCUAUGAAGCUGUAUUAGCCAACCUGAACAUAGUGUUCACCUCACUUUUCUCAAUGGAGUGCUUAUUGAAGAUCAUUGCCUUUGGAGUGCUGAACUACUUCAAAGACGCCUGGAACAUCUUUGACUGUGUGACUGUACUUGGCAGCAUCACUGAUAUUUUAGUCACAGAGCUAGGGAACAACUUCAUAAAUCUGAGUUUUCUAAGGCUCUUCAGAGCCGCUCGUCUCAUUAAGUUGCUCAGGCAGGGUGAGACCAUACGCAUCCUGCUCUGGACCUUCGUCCAAUCUUUCAAGGCUCUGCCGUAUGUGUGCUUACUCAUCGCCAUGCUGUUCUUCAUCUACGCCAUCAUCGGCAUGCAGCUGUUCGGGAACAUUGCGAUUGAGGAGGAUGGUGAGAGUGCCAUUAACCAGCACAACAACUUCAGGACUUUUUUCCAGGCCCUAAUGCUGCUCUUCAGGAGUGCUACAGGUGAAGCAUGGCACGACAUCAUGCUGUCAUGUCUGGGAAAGAAGGUGUGUGAUCCUCUCUCUGGUAACGCGGAGGCAGAAUGUGGGAGCGAGUUUGCCUACCUCUACUUUGUCUCCUUCAUCUUCCUCUGUUCAUUUCUGAUGCUGAAUCUGUUCGUGGCUGUGAUCAUGGAUAAUUUCGAGUACCUGACGCGCGACUCCUCUAUCCUGGGACCCCAUCACCUGGACGAGUAUGUGAGAAUCUGGGCGGAGUAUGAUCCAGCUGCGUGCGGGCGCAUUCAUUAUAAGGAUAUGUACAGUUUAUUGCGAGUUAUCGACCCCCCUCUGGGCUUAGGCAAGAAAUGUCCUCAUAGGGUGGCCUGCAAGAGACUGCUGCGGAUGGAUCUGCCAGUUGCUGAUGACAACACAGUGCACUUUAAUUCCACACUUAUGGCCUUAAUCCGAACUGCUCUGGACAUCAAGAUCGCCAAGGGUGGUGAAGGAGGCGUAGAUAAGCACCAGAUGGAUGCUGAACUAAGGAAGGAGAUGAUGGCGAUAUGGCCUAAUCUCUCUCAGAAGAAUCUGGACCUUUUGGUGACACCCCACAAGUCAGCGACAGACCUUACAGUGGGAAAGAUAUACGCUGCCAUGAUGAUCAUGGAGUACUAUCGGCAAAGUAAAGCCAAACGGACACAGGCUAUCCACGAUGAACAGAAUCGAACGCCAUUAAUGUUUCAGCGUCUGGAGCCGCCGUCUCCAAGCCAGGAUGUGGGACAUGGACUCACUGGCCUUCCUGAAACACAACUGCACCCUGCAAAUCAUCUCCCUGUUGAUGAAAGGAUCCCAGAGAGCCAAUCAUGGGUGACAGCGCGAGCCCAGGAGAUGUCUCAGAAAGCAGGAAGCUGGAGUCCUGAAGGCCAACACCCAGACGACCCCGCAGAUAACCGCAGACAGUCUCAGACAGUAGAGAUGAGAGAGAUGGUGCGGGACGGGUACUCGGACACUGAGCACUAUCUGCCGAUGGAAGGCCAUGGCAGGGCUGCUUCCAUGCCUCGACUCCCAGCAGACAACCAACAGACCAUCACCGAUAACAGUCCGAUGAAACGUUCGGCUUCAUAUUUGGGUCACGGGCGUCAAGGCCGUUCAGUGCGGGGUGAGGACUACGCCAUGGACAGGGUUAUCCCAGAAGAGGGUCAAAGAGAUGGACAUCGCCACCGAGACCGCAGUCACCGUGCGUCAGAGCGCUCCCUGAGCCGUUACACUGAUGCUGACACAGGUCUUGGCACUGACCUCAGCACCACCACACAGUCAGGAGACCUGCCAUCUAAGGAACGGGACCGGGGCCGGGCCAAAGACCGCAAGCACCACCAUCAUCACCAUCACCAUCACCAUCACGGUUCUCUAGAUAAGGAGCACUACGGACACGAGAGAGAACGAGGCGACUACGGCCACAGAGGGUCUGGAGAGAGAGACCGCCGCUGGUCCCGCUCCCCGAGUGAGGGCAGAGAGUGCCUAACUCACAGACAGGGCAGUAGUUCAGUAAGCGGCAGUCCAGUCCCCUCCACCUCUGGGACCAGCACUCCCCGCCGUGGCCGGCGUCAGCUUCCCCAAACCCCCGCCACGCCCCGACCCCACGUCACCUACUCUCCCGUGGUCCGUAAGCCCAUUGGCGGCACUCCCCCUCCGGGCCAGCAGAACCGACACCCCACCCCGACCUCCCGUCGAUUCAGUCCACCCGGCCCCGAGCCCCCGCUUCCCCCGCCCCACCAUGGCUCUCCUCGCUCUACCCGUCAUGCGCACUGGGGCCCUGACCCCACGGAGAGCAUGGAGGGCGACGCUUUCUACGACGAGCAAGACUAUGAGUUCAAUCACCACGAGCCUCCAUCAAACGAGCAAAGCCCUGUGCAGGGCAACCCUCACCCACAUUCCCCCAGGACUUCCCGCCACAGCACCCCCCCUCAGGGCCAGCCACAUCCACGGCGCAUGCCAAACGGCUACCGUUCAUCCUCGCCCUCUCCCCACCACCACACACCCGCUCACCCGGGAACUCAUAAGCCUCCUCAUCCCAGAGGGCCCAGGAAGGGCCUCCAUGAACCCUACAGUGAGACUGAUGAGGAUGACUGGUGCUAGCCUCUGGGACGGGGAGGGGUGAGUCCUGCCGGAUUGGCCACUCAGUCCGGGGAAACACUAGGCAGAGCGCUGAAUGUCCACAGGGGAAAUCAAGGCAUGAUUCGUUUCUUUCUAUUUCUCGUUUCUUUUCCGAUUCCUCUGCUGCCGAGUGUUUCCCUGAAAGCCACGGACUGCUGCCAGUGAAUAUGAAGACUUCUGAAUACGAAAUCCUGUUCUUAGCCUUUUUCUGAAGAAUAUAAUAAUGUUUUGAUAAGGAGGAGGAAUGUCUGAACUUCGUUCCCCAGGACAUUUCACGCAGUCCCUCCGGAAAUGAGCUGCUAGGAACUCUUUAGCACUCGUUUAAAAAAAAAAAAAAAGUGGAGCACUUUUUAUUUUGCAGAACUUAAGAGGAGAUUUGUUUAUUGCAAAAAUCAGUCCAGAUGCUGGGAAAUAUCGAUGAGUUUUAUCAUCUGUGUUUACUGUUAAUAAUCAUCCCAGUGAGGGGGAGGCGUUCAUUCGCCUGUGCGGGGAAGUUAAGGGUGGAGUUGGAGAUGAACUCACCUGAGCUAAAACAGCAAAGCCCACCCUGCACUUCAGACCCCCAAACGCAAGAAAGAAGAAUCACAAACAAAAUAAUAAUAAUAAUAAUAAUAAUAGGAGAGAGAAAAAAUGAAACGCUCCUCACUCUUUCUUCUUCUACGGCUUCGUCUUCUGCUUCUCACUGGAAACAUUGGAGUUUGAAUCUUCUGUUGCACUGCCCAGCUUUGUUUGAACUCCCAGAACAUAAAUCCCUUGGAAAUCCUGCAUGAUUGAAAAAAAGAGAGAGAAAAAAAAGACAAGUUUAAAAAAUACAUAAAGAAACUUUGGAUAAAAAGGGGGAGGGGGGAUUGAUUCCUUGGCUCUUUUGUCAUGUCCUUGGCGUUCUCUCUCUCUCUCUUUCUCUGAGAUCCCUCGCUCCUGAAGGAGGAAAGGGGAGAAGAAGCCAUUGCUAAUGUUCAUACCAGUAAAUGGGUGACCAGAGAGAUGUUCGCAAUGUUUUCUACCAGAUUUGGUGCCAAAUUUGCGAAUCAAAAAUAAAUGGAUAGCACAAUUAUUUUUAAGCUUGACAUUUUAUAACUUUUUAUUUACAUUCCUCCGUCAGUGUGUAGAUGAUUUGCUCACUUGCACAAAAAUGCGGAUAUAAUAGCAUGUAAAAUACACAAACAUAUAAAUGACACGUGUGAUUCCUUUCCCUUACACCGCUGUAAGCGUGCUCUACCAGUCUUCCAGGGUAAACACAGACAGAGAGGUGAUGGGGAGAAAAGAGAGAGAGAGAACCUCUCCAACUUUACAUCUGGUUUCAUGUCGAUAAUGAUAAUGUGUGUAUAAAGAUGAUCGCAUAAAUGAUUAUAAUUGGUGAUUAAGAUGAUAAUGAUGAUGCUUAUAAUUUGUUUUUUCUACCUGUUUUUGUAUUUGACGCAGCUGCUCUUUGUAUUGCCAUACUUGUUUUGGUGUGAGUUUAGUGUAGAUGGUGUGGAGCUCUGUGAUAGUGAUCUGUUAUGGGCCGUGACAGAAACCCAUCCGUCCUCAGAUGUUUCCAUGGAAACACUUUCUCAGCCGCAUCAUUGAGCGUUAAUGACAGUGCGAAGCAUGCAUCUGACCUCGAGUCUCUGUAACUGUGAACACUUUUUAUCAAGAAGGAAAACAAUGAAAAGGAUAAAAGAUAGUAGAGGAAGAGCUGACUAGCUAUCAGCCAUAUUGAUAUAAACGUGUUGUAUACAUCUUUAAAGAGCAUUUAGAUAUUAAGUUAACAAGGAUUGGUUAGGUUGGCAUAAAAUUCUUACAAUUAUUAUUAUUUACAUCUAUUUUUACUCUUUUAGUAAUAAUCUUAAUUUAAUAGGAUUUUUUUUUAUUUUAAUGUAUUUAUUUAAAUUAUUUUUAUAAUUCUCUAUUUAGAAUGUGUUUUUUAUUCAAUUAUUAAAUGAAUUAUUUAUUAAAUAAAUGCUAUAUUAAAAUAGAUAUAAGGCUCAGAUCUACAUUAUAGAUUGAGAACCCCUGUUUUAAACUAACCUAAAAAGUCCGCGAGACAUUUUAAUGUGCUAGUCAAUGGUGAGAAGGUAACUGAGCUCCACUACCUCUACAAGAUCAGCAGGUGGCGCUGUGAUCCACGUUUUUCUGCAGCCAGUGGCUCUGGCUCUUGUCAGUCUCACCUUUUUCUGUUCCAUGUUUAUGUCAAUGACCUGUACACUGAGAGUAGUACUAUGUGUCUGUCACCGAUGGUGCACGGUUCUGUGUUCAGGAAAUGUAACACAGCCAAUCAAACUGCACAGGAACAUGUAACACAGCCAAUCAAAUUGCAUGGGUGAAAUAAUGACCGGGCCUUUUCUGCCAAAACUUGUCUCUUGUGUCCCACUAAUCUUUGUGUCUUUUGGCCCAUAUUACCAUCGUCAUCUCAGUCUUCUUUAUCCUCUGUGGAAUGACUCUGCAUACACAGACACGCUGCCGAACGAGUCCAACUUUUACGCAUGCGCAAAUUAGACAAUGUAUGUAGCAUUUACUAACAUAUUAACAUGCACAAUCCCACUCGAGUGAGUCCUGUAUGUAGCAUUACUGAUGAAACUGGUAAGUCUGUGGCUCUCCUCUUGAGACUGUAUGUUUAAGUGUGUCCACAACUGGUGAGUAUAUUGUCCUUAAGGAUGUAAACACUAGACACAGGAUCCAAGUUUCAUGUCUCCCCUUGCUAGUUGAGCGUUUAGUUUUUGUCGUCAUUGUUUCUUUGAGAACUGCAUUCUCAGGAAUGUAUUACUGAGAUUAAUCAGUGCCUUAUUCACCAUUAUUUAGACCGCACAUCCCCUCUUUACACAUUUAUACAGCUGCAGUGAAGAUGUCUCUUGGUUUCUUUGAUCUAUGUUAGACAUUUAGCUUCAUGAGACUUAAGUUUUUUUAAUAAGGAGAGUAUCUCUAUAUAUGCAAUACCAACCUGUUUUGAGUUACAAGGAGAGUCAAGGAAAUGAUGUGUCUCUGUGAACGUUGUGUGUGUGUGUGUGUGUGUGUGUCCAUGAUGAUAUGUUUGACAAUAUUCACCAAGCGAAUGAUUUUCAGUCAUCCUCGUUUGCAUGCAUGAUGUUCUCUCAACUUCUUGUGGCUGUGAGAGAAAAGACGAGCGUUGGUCUGGAUAGGACAUUGACAUUACUCAUUGUCUGUCAUACUGUAAUUAAUCAUUACUAACAACCUCAGUUCAUGUUUGGCAAAACAAGUGACAAUUAAAAAUACAAUGCCAAUGUGGGGGUCACACUGUAAAAAAGAAGAAACUGAAAAUAAGCAAGUUUUUGUCAGAAAAAAAUUUUUUUUAGAUAAGCAUUUACCUCGAGAACUGCAUGUGCAAUGUGCAUGCCACAGCGUUUGAUAAAAAGUCAACUGCAGGAAUACAAAAAAAAACAAAAACAAUUGUU